AUGGCUGAAGCAGCACUUGCUCUGCAAGAAUCACCCGACACAGAACGGUUCCAACGUGUCGCUGUACUGCUCGUACGUGGAGGAACAAUCAUUAUUCGUGGAUUGUUUGACAAUAUUCAUCCUCCUUUGACGCUUGUACGUGCAUUAAAGAUUCAUCGAGCUACAUUAGAUGAUUUGAGAAGAAGACGAAUUUUGAAUUCUGAUCAGUGGAAAAAGUUGUUUCCUUCUCCCGAUGCUUAUGGACAGACCAAAGAUUUUGAUUUGACUUUGAUUUUCGUGUUACUGAGAAAUAUUUGUAAUCUUACUGAACCGGCUAAUGGAUGGAACAAUUUGCCGGCGAAUAUUUCCGACAUCUCUCUUGAAGAUGAUUUGGCGCGAAUCAAAUAUCAUCGUAAUAAUACGUAUGCCCAUACUAUGGACGGUCAACUUUCUGAAGAUGAGUUCAACGAGUGUUGGGACGAAAUAUCAGAUGCUUUGCUGAGAAUUUUAACCUUUUAUGAUACUCCAGAGUCUGUCAGGAAUUGGGAAAAAGAAAUAAAAAAGCUUCGACGUGGUCCUAUUUCUUUAAAAGACAUCCAGGCGUGGCUAGCUGGAUUUCCAA